CGUCAUACUCGACCCAUCCGCCGAGGUUCUAAAAAGCUACGGCUACAACCGCCAGCAUGUCAUUCAAGAUAAUUACCUUGACGGUUCUACUGGUCGCUCAAACCUACGCCAGAUGUGGGUACCCCUGGAUCACGCAGCUGCCAUGGUAUCCUCCGUACCCGUGGUACCCGCAGCACCCAGGAUACCUCGACGCUCUGGGAGGUGCCGCCUCCGCUUCCGCCGCCAGUUCUGCGGCAGCCGCUGGCGGCUCUGGUGCGGCGUCUUCAUCCGCUUCUUCCGCCGCCUCCGGAGCAGCGACGGCGGACCCGGUCUACGGGUCCAAUAUUAACGGUAUCUACGGAGGAGGCUUUGUCUACCCGGGGUACAUCCCCGAGUACCUGUACCCGGGUGCCAUCGGCGGGUCCUCUGCGGCGGCGGCUAGUUCUGCGGCGGCCGCAGGCAGUUCGGGGGCGGCAUCUUCAUCCUCGACUUCAGCAGCCUCUGGUGUCUCGUCGCUAGACCCGAUCUACGCGCCAUCCUUCGGCGGAUGUGGCUGCGGCGGUAUCUACGGAGGAGGCUUGGUCUACCCUGGAUACUUCCCCGAGUACCUGUACCCAGGUGCUAUUAGUGGCCAGGCGGCGGCGGCGGCGGCGGCGGCGGCGGCUAGUUCCGCUGCUGCAGCUGGAGGUUCAGGUGCGGCGUCUUCAUCCGCUUCUUCAGCCGCCUCCGGAGUGGCGACGGCGGACCCGGUCUACGGGUCCAAUAUCAACGGUAUCUACGGAGGAGGUUUUGUCUACCCGGGGUACAUCCCCGAGUACCUUUACCCGGGUGCCAUCGGCGGGUCCUCUGCGGCGGCGGCGGCGGCUAGUUCUGCGGCGGCCGCAGGCAGUUCGGGGGCGGCAUCUUCAUCCUCGGCUUCAGCCGCCUCUGGUGUCUCGUCGCUAGACCCGAUCUACGCGCCAUCCUUCGGCGGAUAUGGCUGCGGCGGUAUCUACGGAGGAGGUUUGGUCUACCCUGGAUACUUCCCCGAGUACCUGUACCCAGGUGCUAUUAGUGGCCAGGCGGCGGCGGCGGCGGCGGCUAGUUCCGCUGCUGCAGCUGGAGGUUCAGGUGCGGCGUCUUCAUCCGCUUCUUCAGCCGCCUCCGGAGUGGCGACGGCGGACCCGGUCUACGGGUCCAAUAUCAACGGUAUCUACGGAGGAGGUUUUGUCUACCCGGGGUACAUCCCCGAGUACCUUUACCCGGGUGCCAUCGGCGGGUCCUCUGCGGCGGCGGCGGCGGCUAGUUCUGCGGCGGCCGCAGGAAGUUCGGGGGCGGCAUCUUCAUCCUCGGCUUCAGCCGCCUCUGAUGUCUCGUCGCUAGACCCGAUCUACGCGCCAUCCUUCGGCGGAUAUGGCUGCGGCGGUAUCUACGGAGGAGGUUUGGUCUACCCUGGAUACUUCCCCGAGUACCUGUACCCAGGUGCUAUCAGUGGCCAGGCGGCGGCGGCGGCGGCGGCUAGUUCCGCUGCUGCAGCUGGAGGUUCAGGUGCGGCGUCUUCAUCCGCAUCUUCAGCCGCCUCCGGAGUGGCGACGGCGGACCCGAUCUACUCCCCGUCCUUCGGUGGCGUCUACGGAGGAGGCCUGAUCUACCCGGGGUACUUCACCGAGUCCCUGCACGCGGGCGGUUCUGCCGCCACCAGCUCCGCGUCGUCGGCCGCGUCCACCAAUCACGGACCCCAACUGACGGGCUUCGUCGGCGGCGGAUUCGGCUACAACCACCCUGCCGUCGCCGGGUUCGUCGCGGCGUCGUCGUCGGACGCCGCUAGCUCCUCCUCCUCCUCCGGCGCCGCCGCCGCCUCGUCUUCGACCUCCUCCGCUUCCUCGGGGGCCGAUCCGGCGAGGGGCGGCUGGGUCAGCUUCGGGUACGCGCCGUUCCCCGGCGGCUACGGCGUCACGGCGAACUCCGGAGCGGCGGCGGCCGCGGCGGCGUCAUCGGCGUCCACGGCAGGCGUCCAGGGCUACCCUCUCUCGAGCCCGCUGUACGGGGGCGCCUACCCCUGGCCGUGCGGCUGCUGACGGCCCCGGUCAACUUCCGAAACUCGCGUCCCGUGAUGCAUCUCGUCGGCUGUCCCCAAGGAACACGAAGAAUUAAUCAUCCGUAUUCAUGUUUUAUAAUGCAUGCAUAAACCAUAGUCCAUUUGUAUAUAUUUUUUAAUCAUUGUUGCAAAUAAAAUAUUCGAAAAAUAAAAAAAA